AUGGGGGUCUCGACUGUACCUCUCUCUCCUAGCCUGUAUAUCUAUAUACCGAUCUUUGUCUGCCUCUUUUUCUUUUUUCUUUCGUUCUCUCUCUCUCUCUGUCUCUCUCUCUCUCUAUCUAUCUAUCUAUCUAUCUAUCUAUAUAUAUAUAUAUAUAUAUAUAUAUAUAUAUAUAUAUCAGUUUCUACCUAUCUCUGUUUCUUUCUUUCCAUCCAUAUCAGUUCAUACCUAUCUCGGCGCAUUUUUUUCUUUCUUAGUCUGUUUAUAUCUAUCUAUCUAUCUCAUUCUGUUCAUAUCUAUCUAUCUAUCUAUCUAUCUAUCUAUCUAUCUAUCUAUCUAUCUAUCUCAUUCUGUUCAUAUCUAUCUAUCUAUCUAUCUAUCUAUCUAUCUAUCUAUCUUAGUCUUCUCAAAUCUAUGUAUGUAUGUAUCUAUCUUAGUCUGCUCAUAUCUGUCUAUCUAUAUAUCUAUCUUAUCUCUUUCUUUCUUUCCGUAUCAAUUCAUACCUAUAUUGGUCUGUUUUUUUUUCUUUUUUUCUUAGUCUGCUCAUAUCUAUCUAUCUAUCUAUCUAUCUAUCUGUCUAUGUCGUUGUUUUCAUAUAUAUCUAUCUAUCCAUUUAUCUAUCUAUCGCAGUCUCUUCAUAUCUAUUUAAAUAUCUGUCAGUCUUUUCAUAUCUAUCUAUCUAUCUAUCUAUCUAUCUAUCUAUCUAUUUCAGCCUGUUCAUUAUCUAUCUAUCUAUCUAUCUAUCUAUCUAUCUAUCUAUUUCAGCCUGUUCAUUAUCUAUCUAUCUAUCUAUCUAUCUAUCUAUCUAUCUCAGUUCCUGCAUAUGCAUAUGGUUAA